UUUUUUACUUUACUUAAAGAAUGCAUUUCCAGGUUGAGCGGCGGCGUGUGGGCCUCCAGCGGGUGCGAGAUGAGUUCAAGAUCGAAAAUCUGCGACUCCAGCACUCAGCGCCUCACCUCUUUGUCUCUUCUCAGUGGCAACAACACAGCCGAAUGUCAUGCCUCUACCUAGGUUACAGAAUCUUCUGGGCCCUGUACUUCAGCAUGUGGGCAGUAUGGGCCUGGGUGGGAUCCAUGGGUUAUGAUGCAGACAUUUCCAUGAAGGCCUAUUUCUUGCUUUACAUGACAAACUGGGGUGUGUGGACGCUGGCCAUAGACACAAUAAUUCAAGCCAUCAACGUUAUACUGCACUUUAAGAAAAUUUCAGAAGAUGGAGAUGCUGCAUACCCAACAAUGACUAGGUUGAUGAAGGUGUCUUGGGUCCUGUCCAAUAUCACAGGAGCUCUGCACAUCUUCAUUACAUGUGCUUAUUGGAUUACUGUUUACCCUAACAGGAAUGAUGAAAAACUUAGUGAAAUUGGAGUCAAUACACACAUUAUGCCUGGCAUGUACACCCUCCUAGAUAUUGCUGUUUCAGCAACUCCACGCAGACUACUUCAUGCCUAUCAGCCUUCAGCAUUUCUCACCAUCUACACGCUGUUUAACUUAAUCUAUUAUCUUUGUGGUGGAGUGGAUUACCAGGGAAGACCUGCUCUUUAUCCAGUAUUAGAUUGGACACGUCCAGGGACUACAAUCUCCAUAAUGGCAACUGUCCUGCUAGGCCUUAUACCAUUUUUGCAUGCCAUUAUCUGUGGUCUAUAUGCUGCCAGAGUCAAGGCUUGGCGGAUUCUGAGGAUAUCCAGGUAUGUUCGUGAAGAAGAUGAGACAGACCAAGUUGAACAAGCUGCACAGGAACAAAAAGUAUAAAGGCAAAACAUCCAUGUUAGUUAAAUAUUAAUACUGCUGUGUCUUUUUCCUCCAGCAAUAGGUCUUCAGCACAAAUAGAAGGGUUUUGGUACAACCAUACUGUAAAGUGGAUAAACUGAUGAACUUUUUUUCUGUUUAUAAUGUUACAUUGUAUGGUGUAGUAAAUUUAGCUUUACAGGUACUUAUAGGAUUGCAUUUAAUGUAUUUUUUACUUCAUUACUUAAUGAAGGAUUAUGUACAGAGAGUAUUAUAUAUUGAUGAGAUAUAUAAGAAAAUGUUGGUUUGGAAUUAUGCUUCAUUUAAGAUAUGCUGGCUUCUUAAUAGGAGUAGUAUUUAAACUUAUGUAAUACACAGUACAACAGUAGUUGAUGCUGUAUUGCAUUUUCUUCAUGAAAUGAAUAUUGGUUAGUGAAAGGGAUUUCGAAACAGUCAAUUCAUAUAGUUUAUGCAAAAGAUAGUAUUAACUUAAUGGCAUACUGAAACCUACAUACACGUUGAGUUACUUGUGUCCAUUUCCAUAUGACCUGUGGUGAAAAGAAUAUGAUCACACAGUUGGACAUAAUAUGGCAUAGAGAUCUAGUGCUUCCUUGCAGAUUUUGGCCAUGCCUGUGUAAAAUUUUAUAAUGAUUCCAUCAACACUGAAGAUCAUUUGUUUUAUUAUUAUGAAUUUGUGUUUAAUUUAGAAUGAUCCUGGAUUAUUUAUUACUAUAAUAUUGGAUAGGGUUAAUUGAAAUUAUUAACAGUACCCUGUGAUACCAAAGCAAUGUCUGUAGUUUAGUUAUUUAAAGUUUCAUAUAUUUAAUACCAAUUACAACAGUGUUCGAAAAUAAAUACUGUAUGCUGUUUUUAUGAAAAACACUGAAUAAUUUGUAUCUGGUUUAUAGGAUGCGAGUAAAACAUUGAGAAAAUUUCAGGACAGGAACCUUCUUGAUAGAAAUAGCAUCCAUUUGAAUAUCUUACUAUUAAAAAAGCACAAAGAUAAUUAUAGUAAGUACAGACAAAUACAUGUACAUUCAGGAUGUGUAAUCCAUGAUAGUUGUUAGUUGUUGCUGUGAACAGACUGUAUAUAAAGACUUUUUUGAGUUAA